GGAAUUGCCGGCAAGCACCCCACGUUCCCCUCAUUACAUCACCCGCCAAAGCCGGCGAUAACUCAAACUUAUUCCCCUCUUCGUACACUUCAGCCACUAUCAUUGUGCAACCAGAUCAUAUAGUACCACAACCCUGUCCUACCAUCUCCGCCGUACCAUCAAAGCAUAAUGUCCAAGACCAUCAUCGUUACCGGUGCCUCAAGAGGAAUCGGCCUCGCCAUCACGAAAUACCUCCUCACGGCGCCCCAAUCCCACAAUGUUGUCGUGAUCGCCCGCAGCCGUGAACCCCUCGAGAAGCUUAAGGAGCAAUACAGCAAGCAAGUCGAGGUGCUCAAUGGCGACCUGGCUGACUUCUCCAUCGGUCAGAAGGCCGUGGACCUGGCUCUCAGGUCCUUCGGUCGUCUGGACGGCAUGGUCCUCAACCACGGCAUGCUUGGACAAGUAGGCAAGGUCAAGGACGCGGAUUUCGAGCAGUGGAAGCACGGAUUCGACGUGAACUUUAUCAGUCUUGUUGCUUUUAUCAAAGCCGGUCUUCCCGCCCUCCGUGAAUCCAAGGGAAAAAUCAUCUUCACUUCGUCGGGUGCUGCCGUCUCUGCCUACAGGGGCUGGGCUCUCUACGGUGCGACGAAGGCGGCCAUGAACCAUCUCGCCUUGAGCCUGGGAGAGGAAGAACCCGAGGUUACUACAAUUUCGAUCAGGCCUGGCAUGGUUGACACCGAGAUGCAGCGGGAGCUACGCGAGGACCAUGCUACGACCUUGGAGCCGCAGAUGCAUGCCAAGUUUACGACGGUCCACAAGGAGGGCAAGCUCCUCAAGCCAGAGCAGCCGGGUCAUGUUAUGGCCAAGCUGGUUUUGGACGCUCCUAACGAGCUUACUGGGAAGUUCUUCACGUGGAACGACAAGGCUCUGGAGGCAUUCCAGGCGUAGAUUACAACUAGAUGAUUCUUAUGAAGACAGUCAGUAUAUACCGUCAACAAGACUCAAUAUAGAACGUAUUGCAAGAUAGAAUACAUAAUCAGCCGAAAGAUGAAAAGCAGGUUACAUUUCGGAAGCAUUAGGCGUUAACCUUCAUACUUAGCAUGGAAUGUAAUGUGAUCAUCAUGUAAACAAUUGUGGACGCAUAGAAAAAAAUUAUCACGCAUACCUUACGGAUAUCGAAGUGAGGUAUUGUGUGGUCGCGUAAAUUUGUUGUUUGAAAGAUUGCACCUGGAUUCAUUGAAGUUAGUUCCUUGAAGAAUUUCAAGAAUUGAGCAAGCAAAACAUGAAAAGUGAAGCCAUUUUUCACUUUCUGUUGUGCGAAGAGCACUGCAUGAGUGAAGAAAUCAUGAACCGAAAAAAAGCUGUGAACCGAGAUUAAAAACCCCAGAGGCGGUAUGUUUCUGCCGGGCGGUUCUU